GCCUAGCCACAGAGGAAAUGUGCAUCUCCAACUUUUUUUUUUUUUUUUUUGUGGGAGUCGAGUGAGUUGUUCGGUGCCUGUUCCCUGAGCUGCGUCGCGCCUGGAGACUCGCCGUUACAAUAUUUGCUGACUUUAAUAUUUGUUUCCUGACAAUCUGGAGCUGCGCUCAUCGCGUUUUAUUCCACGUUCUUCCAACUCGACUGACUCCUUUACUGUGAGAGGCCCUGAUCCCGCCUGACCAUCAGCCAGCAAACUUGACUUCCAUUCACAGAGGGAAAACCAGACCGAGUGACACGGAAACAUCUUGCCGUGUUUGUCUGCGUCUAGCAACUACUAGAAGACGAGUGAGCCAAACAGCGGGGCGGGCAGCUAUGUUGAUCAUCUUAGUCCUCAUCAUCCUUUUCCAUGUGGCUGCAGCCACUCUCCUCUUUGUUGCAACCAUACAUAAUGCAUGGUGGUUGGUGUCACCACCUGGACGAGAUGUGCUCUACUCGGACCUGUGGUACUCCUGCAACACCACCUGCUUUCCUAUCACCAAAAGCCACACUACUGACGCAGCCUACCUGCAGACGGUCCAGGCCACCAUGAUCCUGGCCAUCAUUUUAUGCUGUCUCAGCUUCUUCAUCUUCAUUCUUCAGCUCUUCAGGCUCAAGCAAGGAGAGCGAUUCAUCUUCACCGCCAUUAUUCAGCUGUUGGCCUCUGUGUGCGUGAUGAUGGCGGCCUCCAUUUACACUGCUCAGAACAAGUCCUUCCACCAUAGCAGUCUCCAUGAUGGCUCGUACGGAUCCUCCUAUAUUUUGGCCUGGGUCAGCUUCCCAAUGACUUUAAUUAGUGGUCUCAUGUAUUUGGUGCUUAGAAAACGCAAGUAAAUGGGCAUAGAGUAUCUACAUCGAAAUCCUUGGAUGGACAGUGAAUACCCAAGAAGAUAAUUGUGCAGUGCGCUCACAUAUUAGUAGAGAGGCAAUAUAUAUAUGCAACCCCCCCGCCCAAACAAAACAACAAACAACACACACACACACGGAUCAAGCAUUGCGUCUCGCUCUUAUCAUGGUGCUCACUGAAUGCUGUCAAGAAUGCAUUCGACGUCACUCCCCUUGCACACCGACACUGUAAAUAUUUGUCAUUUGAGGAGAUCUCACUGUAUUGUCUGAUGAAUAGCAGUGACUGAAUAACAUUCGGCAUACGUUUCACAGCAUGAACUUAAUGGCGGGGAGGCAGAGCCGCAUGUUUGUACCGUUUGCAUUUCAAGUUGGACAAGUCUCACACUUAAAGCCCCGAUACAGGUUCAUUUGCAUUAAAUCCAGGUGAGCAUCUCCAUGUAAAUUCUCAUGAGCUGUCCUGUAAAACUAUCGAAGAGGAAGAGCGUCCACAGUAGCCAAUGCUUCUUUGUGCGUGAACAUAUCUUUUAAUCUGUGCAUAAACUGCUCAUCCAAGUUAUUAAAAUCCACCAAAACUCUUACUUGUUGUUGAAGGCGUUCCGACUUUUUUAAAACAAGAACGUACUUUCCUUCAUUCCUCUUUUUAUUGACUAUUGACUCCCCACAUCCGUACUCUCUCUUUUACUUCUUUGUUGGCUCAUUGUCAUGUUUUUCACCAACAUGAGCAAGGCCAUGUGUGAAAUAUAUGUGGGAUAAGUGAAAGAAAAAAAAUGGGAGAUUUUCUUGCUGGGUCCACAUUUUUGAGAAGCUAUUAACAAAUUAAAAAAACACGUAAUUUUGUACAUAUUUGCUGUGUAUGUAUAGUCGAGACUAUUGCUGACUGAACUAAUGUCGUCAAUAACACCAAAAAUGUUGAAAAUAUGUUAACCUUAGCUUAUAAGAAGUGUAGUGAUACAAGUUGUUGGAUUUGAAUAUUUUGUCUGUGUUAUACUUUGGCAACUUGGUGACGCGUUUGGGAUUUAAAUGACGACAAACUUGAAAUAGGACUGUUUUGUUAAUUUUGUCAUGCCUGCUACUAUGCUAUUUUGUUCUUUUCGUGAAUGAAAACUAGGACAAAGGCUAUUUAUUUGACCAAAUGCAACUCGUUUUAACAUUACAAGUGAGGAUGACAUGGGUCAUUUUAUUCUGUUGCCAUUCUGACAUGUUUGUCAAUGCCUGAUGCUUCACGCCAAAGAUUAUUUCUGGCUAAUAUUUGCUCAUAUGAUAGCACUAACUUUUAAAAUCACUAUUUCUUGGUGUUGGUGUGGUUUUUAACAUAGAGCUGAAACCUUUUUUUUUGUGGAAAGGCAGUAGUGUGCCCAUUUCAACUGCAUGAGCAAUUGGUGAUGCACUGGACUGUUUUGUCAAGUUUCUGUUACCUUUGGGCAAAUUCUUGAUUCAGGGAAAUGGACGUGAGAAUUCUAACUCAAGACGAUUUUUGAAAAAUGAUCAAAACAACAUUUUGUGUAAUUGCUUGUUAUUAGUCAUACGAUUGUAAGUCCAUAUUCAUUAAUAAGCCUUCAUAUUUCAUGGAUGUUCCUGUUUUUCAAAUCAAUUCCUAAGAAUUAGAUGAGAAGGAAUGAAAUGAAUGACUCUAUAAAUUGAAUCUUAAAAAAUCAUGGGCACACUUAAUGUACCGAUUUUUUUGGGGGGGGGGGGUCUAAAAUGUUUAGUUUUUUUGAAAAGGCUUCCAUUUUCAUUAAAAUAGAAAAUAUGAACGGUAAGCUUCAUGACCUUAUAUUUCUGUAAAAGAAAACCGACAAUUGAUCACGUCACUGUGACAUUUACUUUCUUUUCCUGUAACCCCCCCCGUUUAGACUAGACUUUUUUUUGUCCUCUAGCGACUUCAACUGGACUGAUAGUCAACUACACCUCGGCAAAGUACAGUGCGUCAACUUCACACUGUACAAACUCUUCAGAACCCGCUCGUUUGAUGUAAACCUCCGUGAUUGUAUCUUUUAAACAAUAAAAUGUUUUGCCUCGUUUGUGAAAACAUGUGUCUGUAAUGUGAUUUGACAGAUAGAUAGAACAAAGAGCAAAGUUGACUCGUACAAGGGAUUAACUAACGGGAAAAAGAAAUGUGCCGCAACCCGGAAGUGUUGACGCCCGGAUAAAAUAUGACGUAACACCCAUAGAACAAACAAAACAAGUGGGAGUUCUCAAGAGGUUUUCCAGAAUGAAGCGGUUGUGUCUUCCGUCAGAUUCAUCUGCAAGUUGUGAAAAAAAGAUUAAAUUCUCCCAAUCUGAACUCCAGAUGCUGGUAGAAGAGGAAGUCCAAAAAGCGAUACAAAAGAUUGCCACCAAGAUGCAUAUUUUAGACGAAAGCAUUCAACAGCUUCAACAAGAUAUGGGUUUUGAAGAAUCUAUCCAAAAACUUGAGGAACGUAUUGAGAAAAUCACAAGGAGAGCAGAAAAAGCACUCACAGCCAUAAAGUCAGAAAAAAAGGUUUGAAUGUCAUGCAUGCACCUUUGCCCACUUAAAUAUUAUUUUAGUGUCAAUGGCAAAUACUUGAAUCUCACUAGUUUCAGACUUCGCUGCCAUCUUCUUAUGAUGAUAAUGAAGUCAUGAUCAGCAUAGAUUGUGACGAUGACACUGAGUCACAAAAAAUAAACAUGAGCCGAAUGAAGAAGGAAAGACAAGAAAAUAAAAACGAUUGGCUGGUGAGUGCUGUACAUAUUCCCUGUGUGAUUAUUUGCACUUUUAUUUCCUCACGCUGUGACACUAAGUCACAUUUUUAACAUUUUGUAUACAGUGUUUGCAAUUUGAGGGACAUUUGAUCCAAACAAAGCUCCUCAAAUCACUUCAGCAUAGUAAGACUUUUAUUGCCUUUUAAUAAUAGAAAACACAUCUUCCUUUUCAGGAUGCUACCGAAAAUAUUCAAAAGGAGUUGAAUAAAAGUAAACAAGGGCUACCACCUAUGCUGAGCACCUUCGCAGACCUAUGUAAGAGUCGGUCUCCUCCUAUUCCUGAGAAUAAGAAUGAGUCUUGGUAUCCUCCUCUCCCGAUCAACCCUUUACCGUCCAAAUUGAGCAUGGAGGCUGUGUUGUACAACGUCCCCCAAAAAGUGACCGUCCAGCUGGCUCUUAUUGAUCAGCCCGCGAGCCUCUCUGUGAUGUGGACAGGAGAAGAAGAUGAGCUCUCUUUACCACCAAUGCAGAGUUACAGUGUCUUCCUAACCAUGGAAAAGGUCAAGGGGAGUGGAAUUUUCCCAGCGUGGAGACUCUUGGGCAAUGUGGAUGCCAAAUCUCUGCCCAUGUGGGUGUCCAUCACCAAGUACAAACCAGGGCACGAACUGUGUGUCGCUGUGGUAGGCAAAGACAUUUAUGGCCGCUAUGGACCCUAUAGUGACGUUGUCGCCGCAGUUCUACCUGAAUAGCCCCAAAACCGGAACCAGAGGAGCUCAACGAAUCAAAGGAGGCACCACCUAUGAAUUACAUCACAGCUGUAGAUGUUCUGUUUUACUGCACUAUACAUUUAAUGCAGUAUUUACCAAUGGCAAGGUAUGCAAAGAAGGCCUUGCUGGCUCUGCCGGCAGAAUCGUUUUUUUUUUUUUUAAAUGUUGUCAACACUUGCUGUGAAUUCUAUGUUGUUUAAGGUGGGUGCUUUUUAUUAUUAAACAAACUGCACUUUAA